AUGCAGCGACUUACUCGGUCUACAAAAGGCAUCUUAAAUGUGGAUGCGGAUCUUGUGAAGCAAUUAGUUUCGGUCGAAGGGACGGCGGCACCCUCAGCAAUAGUAUCAGCAAUUCAGAGCACCGGAAGAGAUGCAAUCCUGCGCGGGAGCGGGAAUCCUAAUAGCGCCGCCGUAGCUAUCCUAGAAACACAUACCCCAGGCAUCGCAGAUCCUGUCCGCGGUCUUGUACGUAUGGUUCAAGUUUCAGCAAAGCUUACAAUCUUCGAUCUCACUAUUCGUGGGCUAUCACCGGGGACCUACCAUGCUACAGUCAGGGCUACCGGAGAUAUCUCACAAGGGGCAGUCUCAACAGGCGGUAUCUGGGAAGAUGAAAAGGUCAAAGAUAACGAACCGUCGCGGGGCCGGCUCGGAACUGUGGAAGUGGGUUUAACUGGUGUCGGUACUGUGCUACUGGAUAAGCCGGUAGAAGUGUGGGAGAUUAUAGGAAGGAGUAUUGUGGUCUCCAGGCACAAGGAAGAAGGGAAGUUCACCAAGAACGAUCCAGACACCAUCGUUGGCGUAAUCGCAAGGAGUGCCGGUAUGUGGGAGAACGAGAAGACGGUUUGCUCUUGUUCAGGGAAAAAUAUUUGGGAUGAAAGAAAAGAAAAUGUUGGCCGUGGAAUGGUCUGA